AUCAAUGCCCAUCAUCAUUUUCACCAACCCUCCAAUUAAUUUUUCUUCAUUAUAUCAAUAUAUGAAUAGAAGACAUUGAAACUACUCCUAGAUGAAAUGGCUACGGAGAAGAAAAAAACAAAAGAGAUAAUUGAUAUAGAGAAACUUCCAGAUCAUGUGGUGAUAGAGAUAUUCAUAAGAACAAGAGUGAAUGAUUGGACACAAAUAUCAUGUGUGAAGAAGCAGUGGGCUUCUCUUUUCCAAACUGAAUGUUUCUGGCAAGCUGCUCUUUCUCACAUCUAUCCAUUCUUCAAUCCAUCUCAAACAUGGCCCGGACCUAUUCAACCAGGCUUAGCCAAGAGGAGAUUCAUGGCCUUUCAUAUAAGUCAAGAGAUAUUAGGUUGUGAUCAUACUGAUAAACAAGCAGAUGAGAUUGUUGGACACAGUUACAUGUUUUUGAAAGAGCAGCUUCAACUUUCUAUUAUGCCUCUUCAUGGUGGAAUACUUCAUGGAACCAUGAUUGAUCAGUUCAUAGCUUGUGGGAAAUCAAGAGAUGUAGCUCAUGAACUUGCAUCUAGGAUUUGGAUUGCUGUUGUUGAUAGUUUGGAAGAAAACCACCACACCUUUUGCUUACUUAAACGCCUUGCACUCGAAGGGGAUGUUUUUCUUCCAUACCCUUACACUAAAUCUGUCAAAGUUCAAUGGAGGGUGUUUGAGAAGCUUUUUACUGAUUUUCGUGAUUGCUUCAACUAUGCAGAUUACUAUGAUAUGUUGGCAUGUGCUAAAAGUAGGUUUCAGCCAAUACCAUCCACUUGGUUAGGUUAUUAGCAUACAGGACAUUUUGCAGUGCAAGGAAUGUACUACUGUGAUUAAUUAUAUUUAUGCAAUAAACAAAAUCCACAUAUUAACACCAUACAACUACUAUAACUAUAUUGUCUCGCAUGACCAAAGAAGAUUUGUCCAUGAUUAUGAAUAGCAAGUGGACAUUCAUUGUAGUCCCUAAUACAUAUACCAACUUCUUUUUUCACAAAA